CUCUUCCCUCACUUUCUUUUCAUUUUUCCCUCACCUUCUUCUUCUUCUUCUUCUUCUCCUCCUCUCUUCCCCAUUUUUCCAAACAAUAACUCUCUGCUUUUUCCUUGCCAUGUCAGCCGCCGUCGCUGCCGCUGCCGCCGCUGCCCUCUCCCGUCGAACCUCCUCCUCCUCCUCUUCCUCCACCACCAUCACCCGUUCCUCUUCCGAUUCUUUCUACUCCCACUACUACCCCUCCGUUUCCGUGUCGGUUCGACCACAGCCAUUGGUCAGCCGCUACGACUGCCUCAAACGUCGUGACUGGAAUAGGUUCCGCCAGUACCUGAGAAGCCGCAGUCCGACAUUGAGCCUCGCCUGUUGCAGUGGAUCGAAUGUCGUCGAGUUUCUCUCUUAUCUCGACCGACUAGGGCAGAGUAAAAUUCAUGGCGCCACCUGCCCUAGUUUCGGCCACCGUUACCCGGUGGAUCCUUACUGCGAUUGCCCAACUCAACAGCCCUGGACUACUCUCGUUGCUCUCAUCGGCCGACUCCGUGUCGCGUUUGAGGAAAACGGCGGAAAUCCAGUGACGAAUCCAUUUAACACCGUCGUCGUCAAAGUUUAUCUCAACAAAGUUAAGGAUUCUCAAGAAACAUCCCGAGGAAUUGAUCGGUAAGAAAAAGAAAGGGAUUAAGGAUGAAAAUUGAAUUUGCUCUGCUAUAUUCGACGCCGAGCUCGGUGUCUAUGGCGGAUUCUGAACAAUCAUCGACGCAACUGACGUGAAAAAUUUGAAGACUGUGAGGAGUUUUGGAUAUAUUUGGAUUAAAAGGAUUUGAUGACACUCCCAAGAAGAAUUUAACUGAUAAAAAUGCUUAAUUUUGGGGGUUUUUUUUUGUACAAAUUAAAGAACUUCUAGUGGCUUAUAGUGGAAAUGGACUGUUGGGAUUGAGAAUAUUUAGAGAAAGAAAAAAUGGGUUUGUUGAUUUCUUUGUUUGUAUUAAAAUAAAAUUAGUGAAUUGAAGUGGAAAUUAAAAUUUGAUGAAAUGGGUAUUGUUUUUGUUAUAAAUUUGUGUAAAGAGUAAAGAGGAUUGAUUGUGCUUUUUUUAGGUCAUGAUGUGAAUUGAAGUUGGGGAUAAAAGAAAAAGAAAUUCCUUUGAUUAUGAAAAAGGAAGAUAAGAAAAAUGGUAAAAGAAUUAGAUGGUGGAUUCCAGAAUACUUUCUUCCCAA